AUGGGAGGCGAACGUGGCGGGCGAGGCGGCAAAGAUGACGGCGGAGGAGAGGAGGAGGAGAAGAAGAGACGAGAGAAGAUUCGACCCAACGGACAAUGCACGUGUGAGAUUACCCUGAUCAUUGAGAAACUAGUGAAGGGAAAAACACUUCCAGCAUCUGUUAUGAUUAUGGUUAUUAUCGCCUUUUACGUUUUCCUUUCUUACAAGCUGCCGUUCGUGCUACCUGUUGCUAGAACUCUCACCAGCAGGCAGUGCAUAGAGACUUUCCUGGCGCACUUGGGGUAG